AUGGAGGUCCCCGAUCUUUCACAAAUAGACGAUGAGGAGGUGUUGACCCUUGUGCUUCUUGACUCAACGCAUCCUCAGAUCAUCGCUGCUGCAACUGAGACGAAAAAUUCUCUCUUGGUAUCGGCAAACCAGAUAUUGAAAUCCCUGGAGGGGAAGAAGGACUCGUUUGUUCGUUUCGCGAAGAACUCUGCGGAGAAUCCGCCCGAAGAGAAGGCGGUUGAAAAGAAAGUCGACGCAGAAAUCGGCAGAGAAUACGUUGAAAGUUUGUCGAAAAAGAUGAAAGCUGUCGUCGAUGCUUCUUCGAAGCUCACCUUCGAGCUUGAUGGCAUUUCAUUCCCAGUUGUGAAUCCUGUAUGGGGGACAGAGAAGAGCGUACGUCAGUCGCGGAAGUUUCUCGUUCAACUGCUGGAGGUAAGCGCAAGCCCAGCAACAUCUAACUCUCCACUUGUCGGUUCCUUUCUCUUGUUUUGCAAUGAGGGCAUUAAAACGACAUUUAAAAAUAGGCAAUUAGUAUCCAGCAACUACACAGCCACCCAUAGUUAUCGUCAGCUUCAGCGGACAAGGAGGCAGGAUGGCAAAGACUUGCUUCCUCUCAUGCUGUUAUCGUUAGAACUCUACGUGGAGUAA